AUGGCGAUGAUGGCUGGCCGUGUGCUGCUGGUGUGUGCCCUCUGCGUGCUGUGGUGCGGUGCCGCGUCGGCCAAUGGUGAGAAAGAUGCCGAAAAGAAAAAGGAUGAAAAUUCCGGGGGUUCAGGACCUGAUGCUGGUGUCGGUAGUGCUGGACUGCAGGCAAUGCCAGUUUCAGUCAAGGGAGGUCCCGAAAACGCAAAAGCAUCGUUGGGUGCACAAACAGGAAACAGCACCAACCAGCAAAGUGUGGUCACAUCACCACCUGAAAGCCCAAUCAGAGCAGAAGGGCAAGCAGAAGAUGAGGAUGAGGAUGCGGAUGGGGAAGAAAUACCACCAACACCACUACCUGAAGGAGGAGGAGGAGGAAAGUCACAAGCCGCUGAUGGGAAAAUGAAAGUUAUAAAUGAAAGUGAACCAAAACCUGAAAAACAACGCCAAGUCAAAAGUGGAACACAAAACCAGUCAGAAAAAGAAACAGAACCAAAUGCCCAAGUGCAAGCAACCAAAAAAAGAAAAAGAGGGAAGUGGACUAAAGCCGAAU